CAGCUUGACACCGCCAUCAAGCACAAGGCCAACAGCCUCCAGAAGGCGAAGCAGAUGGACCGCAAGGUGAUGCAGUGCUUCAAGGCGCGCGAGAAGGCCAAGAAAAAGGCCGAGGACGCCGAGUGCGCUUGGCUGCAAGCGCGCGAGCACGCUGUGGACUUGCAUGGGCAGCACGAUCGGGCAAGGAAGCUGGUAAUCGACACAGGGGGCUUGCACAGGGCACGGGGGCGCAAGGCCUUAGGCUUCGGCGCGUGA